AUGCCCCAUUUUCUGUAUCAGAAUGUGUACUCCAGGUACAAGUACUACCAGAAGCUGACCUCAGGCGCUCUGGAAAGGGGUGCAUCCCAACAACUGGCCGUGCCAGACCAUAUCGUCCCGUCGUAUCUGUUCAUCCUACACGGAGAAAAGAUCAAAGAGGAAGCUGCGCAGGGCAAGCGUCUCACACAAGGCAGUGUGGUGACCAUCUUCUCGAUCUGGAAUACACUUAUGGGGUCGUCCAUCCUGAGUAUGCCGUGGGCCAUACAACAGUCCGGUUGGGCGCUGGCUAUAUUCCUGGUAGUGUUUGUGGGAUCGGUGUGUCUGUACACAGCCAUCUUGAUCUGUCGGGUGGGCGACCAUCAUAGGUACGUGCAAAACGCCAUUGACUGGUCAGACAUAGUCCUAGAGCACCUCGGAAGACCGGGCCAUGUAGCGAAUACGUUCUUCUCAAUCCUGACGCUGGGGGGAGCCUGCCUGGUGUAUUGGGUGCUGAUGUCCAAUUUCUUGUUCAAAACAGUCGCCCUUUUCAUUAGCAGUAAGCCAGUCAUCCCUACCAUGGAGUUAGGGGCCCAUCACGAGUCAGGCGAGACGUGGUGGUGGAGUCUGAAGACUGCGCCCAUAUUCCUAGUGCUGCUGUUGCUGCCGGCUAUCAACAUGAAGGAGAUGACUCUAUUUACGAAGUUCAAUUCACUGGGCGUGGUGUCGAUUGUGUACAUCCUCAUCUUUGCCCUGCAGAAUCUGACCACCGGCUUCUCGUUGAGUGAGCCUGAUGGUACGCCCAUGCCUCUGUAUAGCGGUAAAUUCCCCGCCAUGACCGGUGUGCUGUUUCUGAGUUUCUUCGUGCACAACAUGGUGCUGGCGAUCCUCAGAAACAACGAACACCAGGACAAAAAUGUACGUGACAUCAGCAUUGCGUUCGGGUGUACAGCCAUGACCUAUCUCUUGGUGGGUGUGACCUUCUUCAUCGCCUACAAGGGCUUUCACAAGGACAUCCCCUCCAACAUCCUCGACAGCUUUGGGUCGGACAACUACUGGGCGUUGGUGUGCCGAGUGUUCCUGCUGUUCCAGAUUAUCACUGUUUAUCCGCUCAUCUGCUUUGUGAUUCGGAUACAAGUCUUCCAAGUCAUGUACGGCCAAGACUACCCAGGCCCCGGCCCAGUGUUCACUCUGAAUACCAUCAUCGUCACGUGCUGCGUGCUCACAGCCAUAUUCUACGCUAACGUCGGUUCAAUUCUCAAGUGGACUGGAGCGGUCUCAGGCACCAUCUGUGUGUUCAUCCUACCCAUCGGAGUGUGGUUGUCAGUGCAGAAGAGGAGAAACCAACUCACCAAGAUGUCCUUUGUGGGUCACGGCGUCCUUGUACUGCUCGCUGUGAUGAACUUCGUCGCUCAGUUUUUUGUAUAGUAUACCCUUAGGAUCCGUGGUAUAUAUGCAUCUGGCUUUGAAUUCGCAGGUGUAUGUAUGUAUGUAUGUGAGCUGCCUGGAGACGGCUGAAUACACACAUACAUACACGUGACGGCGAGGGGUGUGUGUGCUUGGAAGGAGGUGGGAUUUGUAGCUGUAUCGGACAAGGGCGCCGGCGGAUGCAAACGCCUCCAAAUCUCAUCCGACGUUUGAAUUGAUCUGCAAAGAGAAGACGUGAAUUGAAUAAAGAUAGUUGUGUUGAAUAAAAAAUGUUUGAUUUCGAUA